ACAAACGAACGAACGAACGAACGUACGAACGAACGAACGAACGAGUGGGUUGAAGAGGGUUUGGUGAGGAGGGGAGAGGGAAUACGAGGUAGGUCUACGUCGUGGCACGGGCUUAUACCGCGCGCGCGGAGUAGCCUACCUACCACCCAUCGUGCGAGUUCUCUCGCUUAACGUUCUCUUUAUCUAUCUACCUAUCUGUCUUUUUCUCUCUCUCUCUCUCUCUCUUUCUCUCUCUUUAACUUGGUACGAACGAUACCAAGGCUGCUGCUACUGCUGGUGCUGCUGGUGCUACUGGUGCUGCUGCUGCUGUUGCUGCUGGUGCUGGUGCUGCGACCCGAUUAUUGCUUUUGAACAACUCUCAGUUGUCAGAGUGACAGAAGAAGAAGAAGAAGAAGAAUAAAAAGAAGUGAAUCACAAUUAAUCAGGAAGGAACAACAGGAACUAUUCUAAUCUGAUUGAAAAAGAAGGAUAAGGAAGUUUAGAAGAAGGAGUAGCCAGCGGAGAGAAGAGGAGGAAGAGGAAUAACGAUAACCGCGAGGGUCUGUUUAAGACCCCCGUCGGUCCAAACGCAUCGCGUUCGCGAUAAGACGAUCGCCAUGGCGGAGGAACAAGAUACGAAUAACACGUGCGAGGAUUCUCUCGGUCCUGGUGAUACCACAACUGCUUUUGCCAAGAAAUUACGGGGCCGGAAGGGAGCACUAAAGAAGAAAAAUGUGUACAUGGUUAAGAAUCAUAGCUUUAUGCCACGUUUCUUCAAACAACCGACAUUCUGUAGCCAUUGCAAGGACUUUAUAUGGGGCUUCGGAAAACAAGGAUAUCAGUGCCAAGUCUGUAGUUUCGUCGUUCACAAGCGAUGUCACGAAUACGUGACCUUUACCUGUCCUGGAGCGGACAAAGGAGCUGACUCGGACGCGGUGAGCGCCCCACACAAAUGGGAGGUUUUCACUUACCUGACGCCAACCUUCUGCGACCACUGCGGCUCGAUGCUUCAUGGUAUCUCGCAUCAGGGACUCAAGUGUUCAGCAUGCGACAUGAACGUACACAAAAGAUGCGAAGAGAGCGUACCAAAUCUUUGCGGAUGCGAUCACACCGAAAGACGUGGUCGUAUACAUCUUCUCAUCACUGUUUCCGGUAGCAAGAUGACCGUUGAAGUAAAGGAAGGACGAAAUCUCAUUCCAAUGGAUCCUAAUGGUCUUUCGGAUCCUUACGUCAAACUGAAAUUGAUUCCUGAUUCGGAUACCGUGAAGAAGAAAACGAAAACGAUCAAGUCAUCUUUAAAUCCUGAAUGGAAUGAGACGAUCAUAUUUGAUCUUAAACCGGAAGAUAAAGAUAGACGAUUGUUAAUCGAAGUUUGGGAUUGGGAUCGAACUUCUCGAAAUGAUUUUAUGGGAUCACUUUCUUUUGGCAUAUCAGAACUGAUAAAGGCGCCAGCUAGUGGUUGGUUUAAACUUCUUACUCAAGAAGAAGGAGAAUUUUAUAAUGUACCUGUGCCAGAAGAGGGGGUUGAUUUAGCAGAACUUAGAAGUAAAAUGCGGAAAACAUCGGUUACGAAAAAGACUCCAACGACGCAGGAUAAAGAUGUUCCGCACAAUAUGGGAAAGAGCGAUUUAAUAAGGGCAUCAGAUUUCAAUUUCCUUAUGGUUUUGGGCAAGGGUAGCUUCGGAAAGGUGCUGUUAGCAGAAAGAAGAGGAACUAACGAAUUAUAUGCCAUAAAGAUACUCAAGAAAGAUAUUAUUAUUCAAGAUGAUGACGUGGAGUGUACGAUGGCUGAAAAACGAGUUCUUGCUCUUUCGAGCAAGCCUCCUUUUCUUGUACAAUUACAUUCUUGUUUUCAAACUAUGGAUCGUCUAUAUUUUGUUAUGGAGUAUGUAAAUGGUGGUGAUUUAAUGUACCAGAUUCAACAGUGUGGCAAAUUUAAAGAACCCGUAGCAGUAUUCUAUGCGUCAGAAAUCGCAAUCGGACUGUUCUUUUUACAUGGUCGCGGUAUCGUCUAUCGUGAUUUAAAACUUGACAAUGUUUUGCUUGAUCAGGACGGUCAUAUAAAGAUUGCUGAUUUUGGAAUGUGCAAAGAAGGAAUAUCGGGUGACAAAACAGCUAAAACAUUUUGUGGUACACCAGAUUACAUAGCACCCGAGAUAAUCUUAUAUCAACCGUAUGGAAAAUCUGUAGAUUGGUGGGCAUAUGGAGUACUUCUUUACGAAAUGCUUGUUGGACAACCACCAUUUGAUGGUGAAGAUGAAGAAGAACUCUUUGCAGCAAUAACAAAUCAUAACGUCAGUUAUCCCAAAAGUUUGUCCAAAGAAGCAAAAGAAGUCUGCAAAGCAUUCCUUACGAAAAAUCCGAGCAGAAGACUCGGCUGCGGUUUUAGAGGUGAAGAAGACGUCCGUAGUCAUGUUUUCUUUAGGCACAUUGAUUGGGAAAAAAUAGAAAAUCGCGAAGUGCAACCACCUUUUAAACCAAAGAUCAAACAUCCCAAAGAUGUAAGCAAUUUUGACAAACAAUUUACAUCGGAAAAAACGGACUUGACCCCAACAGACAAACUCUUCAUGAUGAAUUUGGAUCAAACGGAGUUUAUGGGUUUCUCGUUUCUUAAUCCAGAAUUUGUGCAACAUAUUUAAGAUAAUAUCUCUCUUAUUAGCUUUACCUCAUCGGUCUAUUCUUUGUAUAUUGUUACCUAUUAGUAUUUUCUUUUUUUUUUUUUUUUCAUAAUUGACGUUAUCUGUUUUCACUCAGGGUUACUCUCUUUCCUAACAUUUUCCUCUACUCUCUAUUUUUUUUUUUAUUUUACUCUUUCCAUCUUCUCUUUCCAUCUCUCUCUCUCUUUCUCUCUCUCUCUCUCUCUCUCUCUCUCUCUAUCUAUCAUGCUCUCCAUUUUAGUAAUUAUAUCUUUCAUAAUGACAUAGAGUAAAAUACGGACGAAACGUAAAAUACUUUGUCAUUUCUCCAUGUUGUAAACCAACAUAGACAAAUCUUUCGAUGUAUUUUUUAAAGAAAUAAUACGCCCAUGUUAGCGCGUAAAAUGUAUUAUUAUGGUUAUAAGAUAAUAACGAGACGCCUGGUGCCGAUCGUUGAAAAGGGAUUCGUAGGACGAAUUCGAAUUUUCGAUUUAGCGGAGAAAAUUGUAUUUGAUGGCGGUUGUAAAAAAAAAAAAAAAAAAGAAAAAAAAACAAAGAAAAGGAGAUCAAUUUAAAUAAAUGACUUCUCGAAUCGAAUAAUAGGCCGAUCGAGUUAGAGAUGACAAAAUUUUAAUCCAUUUUUAAACGAUCGCUGCAUUUCUCUUCUCCGCAUUAUAUUAUUGCAUUUACUUCAGUAGUUUCUACUGUCGCCUUCCAGAGUAUAUAUAAUAUAUAUAUAUCGAUUUGAAGUAAUAUAUUAUAUAUACGCGUAUACACACAUACACACUUAUACAAAAUGAUUAAGAUAAUAAUAUAUCGAUACGUAUAGCAAGAAAAAAAGAAAAAAA